UGUUUAGCUACACAGAUGGCAAUGUACAUAUUUGUGAGGAUCCUGACGACACUUGAGUGCCAGGCACUCAUUCUGACCCAGUGUAUUCAGUAUAGGCAACGAUAUUGAACUGAUCUGAGUGCCUUGGGUGGCCAGUUUCAAAAUGCACCUUCACAUGGUAUCGUUAUGCCAGAAACUGAUGGGUUAUUCUGGUUCCAUAGACACAAGGAGCCAAUCAGGAAGGGACAUAGGGAUAUGUCUCAGGCACUCUUUUGAAUUACCCAAGGCAUGCAAAUUACCAGCAUCUUUGGUAGUUAUUCUUGCAUUGUACAUGCAAAAAGUAUCCCUGUUAUUACAGUUUCACAGGACUUCAGAAUAUCAUGGAAAGGGCAUAUUCAAAACUGUGGCGAAUCAGCUUACGUAUAAGUAGUUGAAUGUGAGCAGUCAAGAUGAUGAGUACUCAGCACAAGUUCAUUGGGUGUGAGGUCUCUAUAGAGGUAAUUGGAGGUCUAGGAUGGUAUCAAGGCCAAGUUGUGUUAAUUAAUGACCAGAAACAGACCAUCACUAUCACAAGAGUUCUUCAUAAUGGCCGUCCAGCUGCACUAAAUGAAGUCACAAUCAAUGCUGGUGACAUAAAAGACUUGAAGAUCUUAGCCAGCCAGGACAUCAAAGAUACUUGUACAACUAGUAAGAAAUCAAGUCCCAUUAAAGACUGUCUACAGCUGGAGAGUAUCAAGACAGAACAUAUGAAAUGGCAGUCAGCGCAUCCAUCCCAACCACACCAAGAAAGUUUGUCUCAUCAGGACACUUACAAAAUUAGGCCUAUAUCAGAAACAAAAUGUCAGUAUCAUCUGGAUAAUCAUAAAUUUAGGACAGUUAAGCAGAAAGAUGAUGCUGACCUAGCCCAUGAAGUUCAGCCUUCAACCCCUAAACCAAAUUCUUGUAUUGGAGAUGUGUACUCGUAUAGUUCACAUACAUCAUUUUACAAGGAUCAAAGCAGUGACUUGGAGUACAGAAGAGGUAGUGAUUAUCAGAGAUUGAAUGCAUUGCCUCCCUCAAAUUAUGACUAUAGUUCCCCAAGAAGAUUAGAUAAGAAUGACAUUGGCAGAAAUUCCAACAAGAAAGAACGAUUGAGAAGGCGGGAUGAAACAACAUUUGGCACUCCUAUUGAUGAUGAUAUGCUAACUACUGAGUUUGAUUUUGAGAAGAACUUGGCUCUUUUUGAUAAACAGGCUGUUUUUGAAGAAAUACAGAAUCUGAAACCUGAUGUCAUACGUCAAGCUGAUCGGUUCACUGAAAAAAAGUAUAAGUGCGAUGAGAAUGUUCUUCCUUCAAAGGCCCCUCCAAAAAGACAGAUUAUUGUCCCUACUGCUGAUGCUGCUGAAGUUAUAUAUGCUAAUGAUAGUGGUCUGUUGGUGCCAUCUGUGAGUAGAGAACUUCGGGCAGCCCUUCUCUCAACUGCAAAUCAGCAUGGCCUGACCAACUCUCGCCAGCUUGAGAUUAUGGGUAGAGGUGCCACAGAAAUAAUCCUUACUCUUAGUGGUGGUAGUCAUAGGUUAGAACCAGCAAAUAGCCAUCAGCCUCCUAUCAUUGUGGUAUUAUGUGGAUGUCACAUGCAGGGAGCUGCAGGGGUCAAUGCUGCAAGGCAAUUAGAGAGUCAUGGAGUACAAACCAUUGUUGUUACUCCACAGUUGCAAACAUCACCUCCACCACCCUUAUUGCUCACCCAUGAGCUACAACUUUACAAUCUUACCAAUGGCCGUACAACAACAGAUCCCAGGGGAAUCACUGCUACUUUUGAUUUGAUUGUAGAUGCCAGGCUAGAUCAUUAUGGGAGAAUAGGUGACAGUAAGCUGGGCCAGUCAUGGUUGAAUUCCACUUCAAAAUGGGUGUCUAACUUUCGGACUCCAGUUCUUGCGUUAGAUCCACCCAGUGAUUUAGCUGCCAUCCCAGCUACCCAACCACCUCUUCCUGCACGUGUACUUCUCUGUCCAGCUUUACCACUAGCUUAUACCCCAGGACGUGGUAGAGUCUACCUCUUGAAUCUUCCAAUACCACAACAGACAUAUAAUGCUGUUGGGAUUAAAUAUGUCUCUCCAUUUGGAACGAAGUUAGUCAUACCAUUGCAUCCUUAUGAAUAAAGUAGGUCGUUAUUCAACUAUAUAAGAAAUAUAAUAUUGUUGCUUUAUUUUUGAAGAGUGAUCCAUGUCUUAAUACUAUACUGUAUUAUAAAUUCAGGCUAUUAACAUUUCUUAUAUAGUAUGUUGAUCACUUUUUGUAACUAUAUUUAGUUGAAGAAGAAUCACAGUGUAAUGCUUGUCAGUGGAACUUUAGUUUUAGGUACCUCAGUAAUCUGGUACAAUUGUUUAGUUCUGAUACUGUUUUUGUGAAAUGUUUUUAAAGAUCCAUCCUCUACAGAUUCUGUAAACAAUAAUCUUCCAAAGCAGGAAGUGUGGCUGUGAUAUGAUGUUAAAUGUGUCCAAACUUCAUACCCUCUCGGGAUGGUAUACCAAAUGACAAACAGUAUGAGAAUGUUGGAGAGAUAGGCUAUUUUUUACAGUCAAUGUAUAAUUUCUAUCUAUGAUAUUUGCAGGAGAUUUUAACUCUUUUUAUUGGUUGUGUCACAACACUGACAUUAAUAUUGUAAACUACUUUUAUGAAAGCAGGGAUGCUGAAUUUUGAGUGAAACAGUCAGUGUUAUGCUGUAAUAGAAAUUAAAUGAAAAGCUGUGUAUUAAGAAAUUUUAAUCUUUGUUUCUAUAAAAUAUUAAACACUUCAUGAGAAGCAGUGCCCAAUCAUUAUGAGAGUGAAUAUAGUUUCAAUUCACUAGGUCUGUAAAAAAAUCUUAAUACUAGCAGCAGUUGAAUAAGUUAUUGCAUAUAAUUUUACCCCUGCAAUGUAAAAACACUAUUUUACUUAAGCUAUAACAUGCUGUAUGGUGCAGUGUUAGCUGGGAUAUAUCAUAAAUUGGCAAAAGAAGUCAUAAUCCUACCUGUGUGAAUAUCACUCAUUAGAUAAGCCUCUUGUCUUGCAUGGUUACUGUCUCAUAAUGCAUAUGAUAAGCAUUAGUUCUAAUCUUUUACCCCACAUCUAUAUAGCUAUUACCCUCUUUUUCUGAGUUGGUAUGUUAUUAUAAUCAAGAUUUUGAGAUAGCAUAUUGGUUUUUAUGGAUAACAAUACUCUAGCUUACUUUGACCAUUUACAAUUUAGGCAAUGCUAAGAAUGCAUUUUGUUUAGUGUAUGUGCUUGAUUUUAUUGAAUAAAUGUUAAAUGAAUAAUUAUUUACAUUUAUAAUUUGCUUAUUCAUAGAAUGUUAGUUCUUUUGCCUAAGCUAUGUCUUAGACAAUUGUUGGACUAAUUUUUGUAUGAGAGGUAUCAUAUACUACAUCUACAUAAACUAUCGUUUUGACUGUAAUGAAUACUAAUUAUUUGGUAAGAGAUUAGUGUUCUCUCAUUAUCUUGGUUAGUUUAUUUUCACUGUACUGUACAGACAGUCCUCUACAUUCAGUAACUAGUCUCAAGAAAAUUUGGAAGGUGCAGUGAAGACUACUGUGAAAAAAUGACAAAUAUGAAAUUAAAAGUCAAAAUUUUAGUUAGUUUUUGGUCUUAAGCCAUUCAUUCUUGAAUGCUGACAUUGUAUUGCAGACUGAUGAAGGUAGGCAUAAAAAUUCAUAACCAUCCACUCAGUCAGUAAUGCAUUACUGAUUAUACAUAGAUAGGCUAGUUAAUUUAAAGAAGUAAGGAAGUUAAUACUAAGCAGUUAAUGUAAAACUGGUAAGAUGAAUUAAGUGCUAAUGUUAAACCUCCUAUGUUACCAAUUUUAGCAUGGUUUUGUUAGUAUGUUUUUCAUAAACUUUGGAUAAAUUGAAGUUGCUAUGCAGGCAGAUUGAAGGUUUGCAACCUAGGAAAUUAGUGAAUUGUGCUACAACCUUAUAGCUACAAGAAAAUUAUUGAAACUUGGGAAUACUCAACAGUUAAGAGGCCAAUUUCUUGUUGGACUCUUUUAUACCUCUGAACUUCUGUAAGCAUCUUUGCCACAGGGUCAACAAGGUGUUGUGGAUUAAUGGGGUCUCAUACUGCUUAGAUGGUUCAUUAUAACCUAGGGAAGGCACUGAUGUAUUUCUUAGCGUUUGUGAUGGGCCAGGAGUUCUCAAUGGGGGAAAGGUUAUGGGAAUUGCCAGGCCUGUCAUCUAGGUAUGCAAUCCAAGAGUCUGACCAACUUAGCCCUUUGGGAUGUUGCCCCAUCCUGCUACAGAAUAUUUAUCCAGAUUUCUCAAAUUGAGUCUCCAGAACAUUAGUAUUGUAAGUCACCUGAUUAACAGUUUGUUUUUUAGACAAUAUGAUAAGUAUUCUCAACUCACAUAGCCAAAGGAACCCCACAGCAUAAUACAGAGGGAAUCUAACAGCCUUGUCAACCUGCCUUUCCCUCAGGUAGUCUCUUUCAGGUCCCUUCCACAUUUUACCUAUGAUAUCACCAGUGGGAAAUGCUACUGCUUCUUCCACAGCACUUGUCUCUGUUUUUAUGAAGACAAAUUAAUUUUAGUGCAUAUUUACAUUCACCCCUUAUCAGUUUCUGGGCUUGUAUUUAUUAGCUUCUUACACUUUUUCUUGCAAUCAUGGUCCUGCUGGAGCCUGUCUUGAACUAUGUAUACGCAUCCCCCAAGAAUAAGUGACUUCUAACUAGGCUUCUGGCAUAAAUUGACUGUUGCUCUGUUACUUUGGGACCCUCAUUGUAUGGGUGGUAAUUUUAUAUGACUUAAUCAGGAUGAUUCCCAUAGUGGAAAAUACUGACAUUUCAUGGUUUCUUCAACUUUGCUACAAGGCUUUAUACACAGUUUAUCUCUUCAAACUGUUUUUUUCCCACUUUUUCUAUAUUUCUUACUCCAAUUUUUUGACACUACAACAUACCCUGUCAUCAUUGGGAGCUGUUUUAUUUGGUAUUAUACUGUAACACUCAAUGGACCUCUUGUGUACCAGCUACCAUAUUAUGAUUACUUUUCCCUAUGCUACCAUUGUAGAUAUGAUAGAUUUUGAGAUAUAUAUAUAUCUCGUAUAAUGAAUGUUAAGUGUAAACUACAGGUUAAUUUAGUUUAGGAACUAUGUGGAAUUACUGUUAGUUAUAAGAUGUCUGGAAAAUAUUCAAAGUGUCUUGAAAGUGGAGGUGCUACUGUUAAGAUUCUGACACUUUGUAUCGUAAUGGGAAAGGAAGAAAAAUCAAACAAAUUAAGGAACUGACAGAUUGAAACUUCCCUAAAGCACAGUCACAGUAAGACUUCAUAGCAUAUGCUUUACAGCAACCCCAAGAAGGACUUAUGUAGAUCCCACAGAUCUUAGCUUGUUCUUUUGCUCCUAAAUUGAGACUUGGACUAAGGGGUUGUAAUGAAAAUAGUUUUUUACAAAGUUAGUUUAGCCCUGCUAAUUUCCAAUAGCCCAUGGGUGUUUACACAUAAAUAGCUACUUGAGACCCAGGGAUUGACUGUCAUGGAGAUGUGGAUUGUGGAGAUGUUAGGAGGUUUAAAAAAGAAAAUACUUAGAGCCUAGCUUUAUUAAUAGAAUAUAUACACACAUUGCUUACAGAUCUUAUUAGUAUUUAUACUAGCUAAUACUUCCACACUAAGAUUUUACAAAUACUGUAAUAUGUAUUCUUUUACAAAUGUUCUGUUACUAAUUUAUGACUAGCUCUACAUCAUGGUCAGCUACUGUGGCAGCAUGGGAUCUUUGAUGGGGGUUGGGGAAACCUGGCUGACAUUCGCCUGAGCACCUUAAGGCGGUGGAAAACUAAAAUCAAGUUACUUCAAUUAACUUGACAACUUUAUAAAGGUAUCAUGUAAUUACAAAACUUCUUGUAAUAUAUAGAAGUGCCAUAACUUGAAUUGAAGUUCAAACUCAUUAUCUCCAACAAACACACACUGAACUCCAGUCUUGAUUCAAUAUCUGAAUACCAAAUUCCCUUGUCAAUUCUAAUUUAUGAAUUCUAAACACUUGCUAAAAAGGGUGUUUGAACCACUUGCUAAAAAGGGUGUUUGAAUAACAGUGACAAAGUAGAGAGGGUACAACUUACUGUAUUAAUAAAGAGUAUCUAUCUUAACACACCACAACCCCAUGAGAGGUACACAUUAAGGUGGCAGAAGAGGAAAGCAUUCAAUUAACAUGAUAGAUUUCAUUUUACUUCCUCAAGCUGUCUGCGGCCAAUUCUCAAUCAUCUCUUGUUUCAGUAAACUAACCAUAUGAUGGUUCAACUUCAACUUCCUGGUGAGGGUGCAAUUGGGAGCUCACAAGCAUCUCUUGUCUAACUAAUAAAAAGGAACUUACAAUUAUUAGAGGAAAGUGACAAUUGUAUAAGAUAAUUAUUACAAAAACUAACCAAAAGAAAAGUUUCAUAAACACAUUUACCUACUUCAGUACCGUGCUGACUUCAUACUGUGUAGUACUAAAUGAUGUUUGCCAUUUUCAUUUUUUUUUUUUCCUUUUAAGAGGGACUUAACAUCUGAAAGGAUUUUUGGCACACAAAAGGUUAAAGUACAGUAAAGGAUGAAUUAUAGCUGGUCCUCAACUUACAUAGAAGCUUUGUUCUAAGAUCAACAAUAAGUAAGAUAUAGCGGAGGUUUAAGUCUCAUACAGAAAUAUCUCGUCUAAUGUUGUUUCAUACCAAGACACAAAAUAUAAACUGAAAACCAGUUUUAAGUUAAAUGAACCUUUUAAAAAAAUUACUUGGACAUCGUAUAUCUUAUAAGCAAUCACAUAAUGGUGCUAAUAAAUUUUCAAUAAGAUUUUUUAUGAUAAACGUUCGACUGUUUUUUUAAUAAAUUGAUACAUAAAAGUUAUAUAUGAAAUAUAAAGAAAAAAUAAAAAAUUACAUGUAUGUGCUGUGCCAAACUGUACCUGCCAGGUGGAUGAAGUUAAUGUAAAUAAAAGAAAAUUACAUGUACAUAUUGUAUUGCGCUCUACAUAUCGGAUGGGUGACACCGAUGUGCAAGUGGAGAAGGGGGAGAAAAUAAGUUAUGUUGAAGUCUGAACUACUUGUUUUGGAGAUGUAGGCUGCACAAAACAAGUUGAGAGUACCUUGAACAUUGCCUGUGUCACCUUAGCACAGAAUUCAGCAUUGAGAGCCAUCUCUUCAAAAGGCAAAAGCCUGCUGUAUGUUGUUGAUAAUGAAGCGUUGUGGUUCCAAUGCCUGUUCCUCUUUGUAAUAUUGCUGCUCAUAAAGCUCCAUCAACUCCAGGUUCAUCAGUGGCUGCUUGUCUGACUCAGUUACAAGACAAAAUCCUUCUCCACCAGGUCCAUUUUCAAGCAUAUUGCACAUCACCAUAGAAUCCACCUCAGCAUAGCCCUUAAAAUCAUGUACAAAUUGAGGGCACAGCUUAUUCCUAACAUUCAUGCCCAUGGUCAUUAUUCAAAGCUGCUUUUAUUCUGUAUUCAGGACUGUUUUGUAGUGUUGUUUCUAUUACAUCUACAGCUGGCCUAAGCCUCAAUGGCGUGGUUGCCUAAAGUAAUAGUGCUUGAAGAUUGGAGUAAUCUCCCUGGUUGAUCCAUUGCAGGAUAGAGGUGGUAUUGGAGGACAAUUAAACAACAGUAAUGUUCAUAUAAAAGUCAACUAGGUUAGGAUUUUGACACCCCUAUGACUGGGUGAGAGCCCAUGGAGAUGUUCUUUCAUAUUUUAAGAUUCUCCACGUAAACACAGUAUCGGCUUUAGUUUCAAGUUACUGACAGUUGCAUGCCUAAUGGUCAAAUUGUCUUUUGCUUGCCAGGCUUCUGCUCCUUAAAUAUAAAUGAACAGUCUGGCAUUUUCUUCUAGUAAAAACUGCCCCCAUCCAUACUGUUGUGUUCUGGAAGAAUAAUAUUUACAUGCUGCUGACUCGUUGGCUAGCACACUUAUCCUUUGGGUCUUAAUGUUAUGAGGAUUGUGUCAAUGCAUGAACCUAGAAUUCUGUCUCUUAUAGGAAAACUGCUGAGGUCUGAAAAUAAAAAACAUCUGAAUCAAAAGUUGGCUCAUGGGAAUAUAUUGAUGAGUCAUCUGUCAAUCUAAAAAGAAGCUGAUUCAUUUCCUUAUCAAUCUUGCCUCUUUCCUGGGUGAUGACUGUGCUCUGUAUCUCGGUAGCAUUAUCUUUGUCAUGGCCGAGUUCUGUGGUGCAUUAUGAAUGAUUGACUAUACUGUUAAACCCCUCAAGCCAGUACAUAUUAACAAGCUAUUGUGACAAUCUUUUCACAAUUUUUGUAGUGUUUCAUCACAUUCACCUUGUUUUCCAAAGCUAUAGCAUUACACUUACUGGACAAAUUUGCCCCUGACAAGAAACUGCAAAUAAGUACAUAUACAAGUGCAUGUUGAAUUCACUGCCAAGAACUAGCAUUGCCAUGCAGUGAAAUGCUGGAACUAUUACAUUUGAAUGUCAUCAACUACUGUACAACAUUUUAAUGUUUUUAAGAUUUUAAUUUUUUUUCUCUACAUUAUAUUAAUGUACAGGUCUGUUCGUAUUUUAUUUGUUUUUGUGUGAUGUGACACUUUCUGUUGAUUUAUCUAUUUUUCAUAAUUGAACUCUGGAAGUACAAAUGUAUUGCAUAUACAGUACAGCUGAACCUUGUGUAAAUAAGACAAUAUUAUUAACAUUUGAAGCUUUUAAAUUGUUUUAUAUUUUACAUUAGUUUAUUUGUGAUUUGGCACUAUAUUUCUGUAUUUUCAUGGUGUUUAAAUGUUUGUUCCUUACUGAUGCAAAGAUGCAUAAACCGUUGUAAAUAAAUUUUUAUUUUUCCCCUAUUUUUAACAAAAAUUGCCACAAAUUUGAAAAUGCCAAAACUCAAAAUGAUAGUUUGUGGUAUUAUUGUAUAUAUAUAUUCUGUAUGGGGUAUUUGCAUAGGUAGAAGUAACCAAAGUGCAUAUCCUUAUGUACAGUAUAUACUGCAAAGGAUAUCUACAUUAUUUGCAGUACCAACAGCAUGUGAAUGUUUUAUAAAUGCAGUUGCUGCUGAACUGCCUGUGCACAUUCAGUUUUGUUACAACCAGAAUAGCUGUAAAUACAUACAUAUACAUCAGUGGCAACAAGAAAUUUUCCUAUUCAAUCAAAGUAAUUCCGGUUUUGGUGAACAUCAUGUAAUAAUUUUUUUUUUUUUUUUUGGGGUGGUUUAUUACUAACACUUAAUCUCAAGUUUGACAAGAAUAUUAAAGAAAUACACCAUUACCUCCAAGUAAGUAGGAACUGGCAUAAAGAAAAUAAACAAAAUUUUAAUAAAUAUAAAUACGUACUAAUACAAUUUUUGUCCAACAAAUACUUAUAUUAAUAACUGUAUAACUGGAAAUGCCUUGUCAUCCUCUCUGGCAGGUUUUCAUCACCUCUGGUUUAGCUCACCAAGGCAAUAUACACAAUAACAGGCAGUUCCCUUUUAUCAGUGGGGGUUCCAUUCCCGGGGGUGUGCUGAUGAGCGAAAAUUGCCAUUAACCGAAACUCAGUGGCUUGUGGCGCUGAUAACCGGUUAUUGGUGCCAUAAGAACCCAUGCCAUAAGGUGCCUUAUGGCGCUAAUAACCGGAACUUGUCCCGUUAUGGCGCCAUAAGAACCCUUAUGCCAUAAGGUGCCUUAUGGCGCCAAUGACCGGAACUUGUCCCGUUAUGGCGCCAUAAAUUGCUGAUUUUAUGGCACUAGACAAGUGCCAUAGAACUGGAUCACCGAUAACAGGUGACUGCCUGUAUAGGGUAGCAGUGGGUCUUAUCUAAUGAAAGGUAUUCAUUGGGAGGCAGUGUCAAAGAUUCAAGACUUCAUUUGCCUAUUGAUAGCUAAAUUUUACUAACACUGAACUGGUCAAUGUAUUGUAAAUAAAUUUAAGGUUUAUAGUUUAGGAAAAUGAAAGUUAUUAUAGAAUUUGUAACUUUUGAGCAAGUAAUUUUAAACAUCACUAAACCUGUUACAUUGCAGGGAUUAGGGGCACUCAUAUUAAGUUAAAAGCCCAAUAAAGAGUGUCAUAAUUUGCUGUGCACUAAAUUAAACCAAAAGCCUAGUUAGCAUUGUUACAGAAUGUUACUGUUGUGGCUUGUAAUGUGGAUUAUUAUUGCAUUUAAUUUGAAUAUUUUUAUGAAGUAGGUGUGUGUCAUACCUCUUGGGUAGCUGUACUCUCAAGUCCAAGUUCCAAAGAGGAUUAAUUGGGUUUGUCAAACGCUGAAGCAUAGACUUUAAAUCUUUCGUUUCAUAUUACAGUAGAUAUUGUAUUUACAAGAGUUAAAAACAUCAGGGUUUGGUGAACUGUUGCUAAACUAUUUUCUGUCCAGCCUUUUUUAGUUUUAUUACUGUACAUUAAUACUGUAUCACUGGUUUUCUAGUUUUAUGAACUGAAGUGUUUAAUAACUUUGGUGGCAUCUGAUAAAGAAGAGCACCCUUAUCCAAGUCUGGGCUGAGAUGCUUCCAAAUGGCUGCACCCGAGUUAUUUUAUAUGAUUUACAAGCUACCCUGUACUGUUUUUAAAGAUUUGAUAUGAACUAGGAAUGCUUAUUUUGGUAGCUGGUAAGCACGUAAAUUAUAUGGUCAUAAAUUGGAUUUUUGGACUAAAGUCUAUAUAUACAUUGUCCUUUAUUCCUGAUGAAUACUAUAGUCAUAUUACAGUAAAUAUAAACUUUCAUCCCUUCAAACUGACCAGUUUGCUUAAAUGCAGAAAAUAACGUAUGUAUUGAAACAAAAAUGGAAAUUGUUAUGAAAAACCAUUAAAAGCAUGUAACCGGUGAAAAAGAAUAUGUUAUAUUAUUAAAGCUGCAGUGGAGUAAUAUAUAAGUACUCAUUGUUAUUUAAAACUAGGGUCAUAUGUAAUAUGAGAGAAUAAAUAUUUUUGCCAUUUA